GUUUUUCUUCUCCUUCUGGCAGGAAACGAGAGAGAAAAUAGGAAGCAGAAGCUGCGCGCGGCGCCCGCUCCCUUCGCCCCCCGCCCGGGCUGCGCGCGUUCCGAGGGUCUGCGCGCCCCCGCACGUCCCCGCCGGGCCCGCGCGCCUCGUGCCUCGCGCCUCGCGCCUCGCGCCUCCAGCCACGUCCCCGCCCCGGCUCCGGCGCGCCGGGGAGUUGGCUGCUGGGAGGUGCGGGACUGGGUGUGGCCGGCGGCUCUGGUCUCGGCGGUGUGCUGAGCUCUCCACGCCGGCUUCGCGCUCCAGGGGCUGCUGAGCGCCCAGCGGACCCCGGCAGCGCGCGGUCGACGCGGGCUCGAGCUCCCUCCAGCUGUUUUCACUCAUUAGCUCCUGAGGUAAACAAAUUGAAAAAAUGAGCGAACUGGAACAGUUGAGGCAAGAAGCAGAACAGCUGCGGAAUCAGAUUCAGGAUGCUCGGAAAGCAUGUAAUGAUGCAACGCUUGUUCAGAUUACAUCAAAUAUGGACUCCGUGGGUCGAAUACAAAUGCGAACAAGACGUACACUGAGGGGCCACCUAGCUAAAAUCUAUGCUAUGCAUUGGGGAUACGAUUCCAGGCUGCUAGUCAGUGCUUCCCAAGAUGGAAAAUUAAUUAUUUGGGAUAGCUAUACAACAAAUAAGAUGCAUGCUAUUCCUUUGAGGUCCUCCUGGGUGAUGACCUGUGCUUAUGCUCCCUCUGGUAAUUAUGUUGCCUGUGGAGGCUUGGACAACAUCUGCUCUAUAUAUAACUUAAAGACCAGAGAGGGAAAUGUGAGAGUAAGCCGAGAGUUGCCAGGUCACACAGGGUACUUGUCCUGCUGUCGUUUUUUAGAUGACAGCCAAAUUGUUACAAGUUCAGGAGAUACAACUUGUGCUUUAUGGGACAUCGAAACUGCCCAGCAGACCACCACAUUCACUGGGCAUUCUGGAGAUGUGAUGAGUCUUUCUCUGAGUCCUGACAUGAGGACUUUUGUUUCUGGUGCUUGUGAUGCCUCUUCCAAAUUAUGGGAUAUUCGAGAUGGAAUGUGUAGACAGUCUUUCACGGGACAUGUCUCAGAUAUUAAUGCUGUCAGUUUUUUCCCAAAUGGAUAUGCCUUCGCCACUGGCUCUGAUGAUGCCACUUGCCGGCUCUUUGACCUUCGUGCAGAUCAAGAGUUAUUAUUGUAUUCUCAUGACAAUAUCAUCUGUGGAAUCACUUCUGUAGCCUUCUCAAAAAGUGGGCGUCUCUUGUUGGCUGGUUACGAUGACUUUAAUUGUAACGUAUGGGACACGCUAAAAGGAGAUCGUGCAGGUGUCCUUGCUGGUCAUGACAACCGUGUGAGCUGCUUAGGUGUAACUGAUGAUGGCAUGGCUGUGGCAACAGGCUCUUGGGACAGUUUUCUUAGAAUCUGGAAUUAACAGUGUCAUACACAUUCUUUGUUCUCCAUUGAUAUAUCUGGAGAAAUCAAUGCUACAGCCUAUAGCUGUGAAAAAGUUCUACCUUAUAUUUGCAGGUGAAGAUUUUUCUAUUAGAUUAUAUACAAAAACAAGCUUUCAGUAAACUACCAAAAAAAAGUGGGGGUGGGGGAAAAAAGGCAAAGGUGCCUUCUGAGAUCAAAAGGACCAGUGUAUGUAUUUGAGGGGUUGGGUUAAUUUAACCUUGAUGAAUUGUGUGUACUCAGAGUCUAUUUUCUUUGUGCAGAACAGAAUGUACACAUUAUGGCAGCUCGCCAUUGUGUUUGCAUUUUUUAAGAAGUACAUUUUUAACUUUGUAUACACAAGAAAUGUCACAUUUUUGAGUUUUAUAAUGGAAGAACCAGGCACAGAAACAGACAGAAAUGAUACUGUGUGUGUCUGUAUUUAUGUCUGAAGAAAGUCCCCUUGAAUUCUAUCUCUUUGAAUCUAAGAGAUCCUGAUGGCUUCAUGUUUAAGAGCAUUGACAGGCGGGGCACCUCUGAGGGGAGUCCAUUGUUUCUCAUGCAUCAUUUGCCGUGUACUAUUAAUCAAAGUGCUUGCUUUCAGUCCUUUGAGGGGACAGAUAAUCUGAAGGCCAGAGAUUAGAGAUUUCACUGAUAUUUUGGACAUAGAUAAAAUACAUCAUUAUAAUUUAUUAAUAAAAAGUAGGUAAUAGCAUAUAAAUGGUUCUUGACAUUCUAAAAGCCUGGUUAUGAUCAGUUGACACUUUGAGUACCCCCCUAAAUAGCUGGGCUUUCCUAUUCAUUUCAUAUUUGGAACUAAGUUUGUAAGGUAUACUCAUCUUUCAGAGGUUUGGUAAACAUUGGGAUUGUCCCUGCAUCUGAACAUCUUUCCCAGUGCUAUCAGUGUACAUCUAGAGAGGAAAUGCAGUGUGACAGUGUUACAUUUGGGGAGAAUUGUGAGAUCUAACCAAUCGCUAGCACAUAUUUGUUGUAAUACGAUGGUUUAUUUCAUGUUUGCAUACUAUAAAAUCUGAAUUGAUGUGAAAUAUCUGUGCCUUUAAAUUUCUGAAAAUGAAACCUUUAAGCUUUUUGUUCUGUUUUGCAAUAUUUUGUAGUAUUUCGUCCCUUCCUUAGCACAAAAUACUGGUUUCUAAGUGGUUUUGCUUCAAAGGAUGUCUAGAUGUAAGUGAUUCCACUUAAAGCCAAAAUAAAAAUUCCGAAAGCAGUUCUUAAAGGAGUUAGAGAGGUAUAUUAAACAGUUCUUCUGUGGUAUAUUAAUGUGUCUCUUACUAGAAUGUCCCCCACGACCAAGUUAAAGAUCAAAUAAGUCUAAAUGAUUGAUAAUAGAAGAUUGUUAGUCUUGUCUCUUACUAGAAUGUCUUCAAAGGAUGUCUAGAUGUAAGUGAUUCCACUUACUAGAAUGUCUUCAAGGGAUGUCUAGAUGUAAGUGAUUCCACUUAAAGCCAAAAUAAAAAUUCCGAAAGCAGUUCUUAAAGGAGUUAGAGAGCUAUAUUGAACAGUUCUUCUGUGGUAUAAUAAUGUCUCUUACUAGAAUGUCCCCCACGACCAACUUAAAGAUACUUUUCCUGUUGGAUUUUCUUUUACAAAUAAGUCUAAAUGAUUGAUAAUAGAAGAUUGUUAGUCUUGCUUGAUGGUAAAGUCUUGGAUUAUUCUGAUAUAUAGACGUGCAUUGUUUUGUAACUUAGUUACUUUUCAGAUAGGUCUGUGUUAACUUUUGAACAUGUGUAACCUUAAGCUAAAUACUCCCAAACUUUACCUCUAAAUUUUUGUUUUUAUAUUGUGAAUGUGCUAAUAUGUGCAUCAACUGUAAAGACGUAUCAGUUUUAUUAAAAUCAGUUGACAAUUAGAAUAAUAAUAAAAUGGAUAAAGGCAAAUUAAGAUAUAGGACCAAAACAGAAUGUUACAGAUGGCAGUUAUGAAUGUAUAUUUAUAUUUUGGUUAAGAUUUCUAUUAACUUUUUGGCUGGGCACAGUAGCUCACACCUAUAAUCCCAAGUCUCAAAUUAGGAAAAAAAAAAAAAAAUUUAUAUGAACUUUUGCUAUUAAUGUUUAUUUGUAGGCUAUUUAUAUCACUUCAUAAAGAACAGCUCUUUGAGAAAAGAAUAAAGGAAUGUGUUCAUUUCCAGAAAAAGAGGGUUGGGGAAAGUUUGCCAUGUAGGUUAGUCAGAAGAAAACAAUUCUAUUAUGCAUAAAAAUAACCUUAAAUAUGUAAGAGUAUCUCCUCUACUUAAAAGUUAUUAUAGUAGUCAGAGGCAUACAGACCACAGGAAUUCUAUGGUCUUAACAUAUUUUAAAAUUACAUUUAUUUUAAUGUUCUUAAAGUUUAUGAAGAGGAGUUUAAAGCAAUUCCCAUAAUUAAAUAUUUACUCAGCAACUAAAAACUAACACUUGUGGUUAAUUAUACCCAUAAACAAAUGGCGACAGAGUAGCCUCACUACCACAAUUACCUUCAUGGUUACACCUUUGCUUUCUAAUAAUAGGGGCUCUAGUUGCUAAAUAUAUUUGUUUACUUGCAGUUUAUGUUGAGCUGAUUAUUUGUUUGUUAUUGCUCCUGAAUUCAAUGAGUAUAUAAUUUGUAGAGACGUUGAAUAGUUUGGAUCUUAGUUUUUAAGGCUGAAAAACCUGGCUGGAUUUAGUUUUUUAAAAUUUGCAUCGUCAAGAAUAUUGCAGUUAAUGUUCCUUCUUUUUUUUUUUUUAAAGACAAGAGUCUCACUCUGUUACCCAGGCUGGAGUGUACAGUGGUGCAAUCUUGGCUCAUUGCAGCCUCAACCUCUGCCUCCUGGGUUCAAGCAAUUCUUGUGCCUCAGCCUCCCAAGUAGCUGGGACUAUAGGCAUGUGCCACCAUGCCCGGCUAAUUUUUGUAUUUUUAGUAGAGACAGGGUUUCGCCAUCUUGGCCAGUCUGAUCUCGUAUUCCUGGCCUCAAGUGAUCCACCAGCCUCAGCCUCCCAAAGUGCUGGGAUUACAGACGUGAGCCACCGUGCCCAGCCAGGUUUCCUUCUUUACCUUCUAAGAAACAUUUAAACACAAUAUGCCUGAGAAGGUUAAUUUGUCGACUCUGUAGCAUUGAGUAGUUUUUUGAGAUCUGGCAAGAAUAUUUUAGAGAUACAUAUUCUUUUCUAAGUAUGUGAUCACCCUGUGGUGUUGAGCAUAUUGUCCCAAAAACCUGCUUAAGCAAACAGUUCUUGGCUAGGCACGGUGGCUCACACCUGUAAUCCCAGCACUUUGGGAGGCUGAGGCAAGUGGGUCACGAGGUCAGGAGUUCAAGACCAGCCUGGCCAAGAUGGUGAAACCCUGUCUCUACUAAAAAUACAAAAAUUAGCCGGGCGUGGAGGCGGGCGCCUGUCAGCUACUUGUGAGGCUGAGGCAGAGAAUUACUUGAACUCGGGAGGCGGAGGUUGUGGUGAGCCGAGAUGGCGCCACUGCACUCCAGCCUGGGUGACAGAGCAAGACUCUGUCUCAAAACGAGAAAGCAGUUCUUGCCAUCAGCAAGGAUAUCUCCUCCACUUUAAUGGACAGGCCUCAUUUUUGGCAGCUAUGCUGUUUGAGAUUUAGACUGAAUAUCCAAGGUUCCUCCCUAGCUCAAGUUUUUACUUGUGAUUACACACACCACAUUGAAUUCCAUCUUCAGAGGCAAAGAUUUGAGGCUUCGUAUCUCAACAGCAAAAGGGCCUGUUCAGCAAUUCCCUUCAUUUUAGACUCAUAUGACCUCAGAGAUUGCAUGAUAAUAGUAAACUAGUCUCUUGGAAAUAAUGGAUGUAGGUGCUUCUAGAAUAUGUUACAGAAUUUCAAACUUAACCUAUUAAUAGAGAAAUGGAUCUUAAGGUGACAAAAUGAAACUUUUUAUUAUUGCUUAAAAAUGCUGUGCCAGUAUUGUAUAACUAGCUCCUCCAGUACUUUUGGUAUUUUGGAUUUAAUAAUAAGACCUUAAGCAUUUUAAAUAUGAACAUGUUCAGGGAAGUAUGCUUUGAUGUAAAUGUCUCAGAUCUAAGUUGUAACACAAUUGAAUACUUGUGGCUUAUUCUUGGUUUAACUUAGGAAAACUGGUUAAACAAUCCCCCAUUUGGGCCUGCCAUCAUUUUAAUAGUGAAGAUGUUCUUUCUAAAAUCUUCAGGGCCUGAGUCAGGCUGAAUUUUGUUAAAAAUUAAAUAUUAUGUUCAAAUUCUUUCCUUUUUGGCAUUGUGAAAAAGCAAAAUUUUCAAUGAUUUCUCCUGUUAGAAUUUUUUAAAAAUACCCACAGGUUGGACCAUCUUUCUUAUGGGUUGCACAAUGAAUUUAUAUUUUAAAUUAGAUUAAAUAGAAUGUGAAGUACAUUUCAGAUUUACUAAUUUUCUUUCCAUUGUUCAUUUUGGGUUGCCUUAGAUUCAGUGUAUAUUUUAAAAUAUUGGUUACAUAAUAGGUACUCAAUGACAUGGUUUAUAGUAGAAUAUCUAAGCUAGCACUUUAUUUUAAAAAGUAACUUAUUAAUCACACAUUGAUGGUACACCUUGUAUUUGCAAAUGUUUGCAUGUUGAUAAAAUCUCGUAUGUCUUCUUUCUUAAAUCCAGUUACUGAUUUUGUAAAAUACAGUUGUGAUAAAGCAGCAUUACGAGGGAGAAAAAAAGCUAUAUUCCAACUGGUGUUAAAUGUAUUCAACAAAAUCUUACAUCAUACAGUAUUUAUUUCUUAAUUAAUAGAACUUCAGUGAUAUACUUGGUAGAUAUCUCAAGCCUUUUGUCUUUUACACAAUGGUGCUCUAUCCUAUUGUUUUCUUUUCAAAGAAGCAUCUGAACACUUGCAUUUCUAUUUUCCUAUCCAAAGGCAUCCACAUCUAAGUGUGUUUUUAAAGUUGAUUAAAAUUAUUUUCCUGUUAAAGCAUUCUGAAAGUGUUUGUCUUUACCUAGAAUGAUUUGUACACACUUGUGGUCAAUUGAACAUGAAUGUCAGUAGUAGUCUAAUUAUGGGAAGGGUAAACAUGUUAGAUUAAGGCUCUUAAAGCUCUAAACCCUAUAAACUGUGGACUUGUGUCAUGAUUUAACUGUUCUUAGAUCUUUCUUACACAGUGAUUCAUUCCUCUAUUUGUACAGUGGCUUUAUGAAAUGUUGUGAAUUGAUACUGUAAUCAAUAAAGUGCUUUUAACCAGA